AUGAAUUCACAAUUGAAUAAUACAUCACAACAAUUUGCCAAUGGAAGCAAUUCUGUGAUAUCAACCUUGGAAAAUGGGGUUAAUCAAGAUUUAUUUGGAUGGGUGAACAUCACAACCACAACAUUGAACAACACUCUUAAUACGGCAGUUGAUGAGAUUUCUUCAUUUAUACAAACUACAUUCCAAGGUGUACCAGCAUUAUCAACAGCAGUUCAACAAAUUGUAAAUUGUUUGCUUAUUGUGAAAAUAGAAGGAAUUCAAGCAGGACUAACUUUUAUCAAGGAACAUGCUUCUAUUGAGUUACCUAAAGUGAAUAAUAACAUCUUAAUGAUUAGUCCUUUGAGAAUGAAAGAAGCAGUAAGUAAAACUACUGAUAAACUUGUUGGAUCACAGGAUGAUGCCACAAAUGGGGGUGAUGGGGGUGAAAUUGGUGGAAUUUUUGAUAAAUAUGAAAACAGGCUACGUUCCGAACUUACAUUGUUUCUAGUAUUGAUCGGAGCAUAUGUAGCAGUAAUUUUUAUGGGUGCGAUUUAUGUGUUGUGGUUCAUUUAUCAAC